UCUCAGGAUCCAUCUUUACCAGAGUUCAAAGAUUUCACCACAGCUACCGAAUGGGAAAAAUUCAUCGCAUCUCUGGAGCAACUGAUCGAGGAAUGGCGGCUCCCGAAUAUCGUCUCCACAGGACCGUUGGCGAACGUAAGUACAGGCGCUCUCGGCGGCGGCGAGUGGAAGAGCCGUUCGGAAACGGUUUCAUUCGCGUCUUUCAGGAUGAUGGUCACUCGGCACUAUCUAGAAGGAUCCACGAAAGAGCGAUCGGAGGAAGAUCAGGCCAAGGAGGCUCUCGAAGAGACCGAAGAAUAUCAAGAAUCGCUCCCGUUUGCGAUGGACGACCUGCUGAGUUUCACGAAUGAUUUCCCCGCCAAAGCACAUUUCCUGGUCAGAUGGUACGGCAUCCGGGAUUUUUUGCUCAUAACGCCGGACAUGGGGGACGAUACGAUCUCGACCGUAGAUCGCCAGAAAAUGCUCCUCGGAUCCGUGUGCACCGCUCUCCGCAACACGAACUGCCAAUUGCCGUUUUUCAUUCAAAUGCAUCAUCCCCAAGAGAAAAUCGCCUGCGGCGUUAUGUGCGCCCAGGGCUUCCACUGCUAUUUUAAUAUGGUCAAGUUGGUGCACACACCGAAAGGCUACGAUACGCUAAAUGGACUCCUGACCCUAUUCAAGAAUAAACUGUGCAACAGUAGUUUCUAUACCCAUCUACCGGUUGAUGUGAGCAUUCGAUUCACUUAUAUGCUCGACGAUUGGUCUUUUUUCGAUCUGAACUCGAUACCGAGCCAUUCGUUGGAUGUUGACCAAGUCAUCAAGUUCGGUGAUCUUCCGAUGGGAGCCGGCGUGGAACCCAUCUCUGAGUUCCGCCUGAUGGUUUCCUGGCCUCAUCUCGCUGAGGAUGUCGUCAACGACAGUAUAGCGCAUUCUGAUCUGGUGCCGGCGAAUGCUCCGGAAUGGUGUGUCACCAUCAAAUAUGUCAGCGGGCCUUAUUGCUACCUCGAAAACUACCUCGGAGAGUUCGAGACGGUACUUUCUAAAAACGAGAGCUUAGACCUGGUGCUCGGCUCUAUGCUGUCAGAUGAUAUCGAUCCGGAGUUGGCUAAUGUCAUGGACCGUCUCGCAGAACCAAAGGUCAGGGUCCCAGACUUGGCAGCUUCAAUCAUGCCUUCAGACACUCGGGAAAAGAGGAGGAGAUUGACAGACGACGAAAUUCUUAUCAAGUUCAUGAACUACAUAUUCAUUCCUUCGAUCGACCAAGAGACUGUUCUCUCGUCUUCUGGGCACAUAGACUUUGGCGACAUUUCAACUGCUCUCGGUUCGCAAUCGGCUGAGAAAUUGGAGGAGGCGGAUGAGGUUGAGAAAUUCAAGGAGAAAUUGAGAGCCCUCAAGACCUCUUCGAAGAACUCCAUAGUGUGGCGCCUGUCUUUGGCGCUGAUCGAGGCGUAUCACACAUGCGGCGGCAUCGAAGGUCUUGCGCUGCUCUGGGUGAAAGUCGUCGGUGAGCUCCGGCAUCACUUCGAACGUGGAUACAUAAUCUCCAGCAUCGAGCCCGGAGCACCUAAUCUCGGUAUGUGUCUUCUGCAUCAGAAGAUACAGAUGCUGAAUUGCUGCAUCGAAACGCGAAAUGCCCGAGAACUCCGUGAAUCUCGCAAACAAAAGAAAAAGGUUCCAAUCGACCGCAUGGCAAAUUGUCAUUUUAAGAUGCCUCCUCAGAGUGAGAACCCAACUGAGGGAGAAAAUUCCUCGUCCGAUGAGGACUUCUUCGAGUGUUCCGAUAGCACAUCAACAUCCGAGCCCGUGGGAGACGACAAAUCGGAGGGUACACCGAUUCAGAGCCCGGAUGACUUCAAAACUCUCGAUGAUGCACCGCUCUCAGCUGAGGGUCGCUCUAAGCCCUUCGGUGCCUUGAAAUUGCUCUCAACGGACGAACAGAUGUGGGUGCCUGUAUGUCAACAACCAUCGCCCAUGACCGAAGACAUGCUCCAGGAGCAAGCGGAUGCAAUCCUCAAGCUCGCCUCCGAUCCUGAAUGCAGCAAAAUGACGGCACGUCUCCAGAGUGCCUCCCUCUUCAGUGAUAUGGAAUCUUUCAAAGCUGCGAAUCCCGGUUGUCAAUUAGCGGAUUUCGUGAGAUGGUUCUCUCCGAGGGAUUGGACCGAGCCCAUCCGGGACGAAAAGGGAGAAAUCGUCAAAGCGGGAGAGCUCUCACAGCGAAUGACAAUCCCCGGUAACAUGUGGCAAGACCUUUGGGAACAGGCGAGACCUGCCCCAACAACGCGUCAGAAGAGGCUCUUCGACGACACGAAAGAGGGGGAGAAGAUCCUACACGAACUCAUCACGAUGAGUCUCUCGGAUAUCGCAAACUUAUUGUUCCCCUGUAUCAUUCAGUGUGGGCUAGAGAAGAUCUGCGAGAGCGUUCACAAAGGACCGAGGGACAUGAUUCCAUUCAUGGAGCACCUGAUCGAGAAAACGAAACAGGAGCUCCGAAUGCGUCGACCUAACUACAAAGACCUGAUUCGACGGAUGUACGAAGCCGAAAUCGGCAUUGCGAGAGCGGAGAGCCUGCGGCAGAAGCUGUUCAGAAAAGAAGAGCCAGAGGAGACCGAGUCCUCUCUGAAACGCUACCUUGCCAUGAAGGCGCAAGAGUCCUCAACGGUGAGCGUUGAAGAGCUCGUGCUUGAUCUUCUCGACAAGCCAGAGGUGGAAAUUCGAGGUGGAGCGAAGAGCGCCGUCGGCAGAGCUAUAACCAAAUUGUUCGAGAACGCUCAAAAAGCCAAACUAGAAGAUACUACUCUUUCAACCAAGUCGAGGAGACUACCAGCUUCCCAGCAAUUUCCGACCCCGAUCGGGAAAGAAUUCAUACUCAGGACGAAGUAUCCGAGACCGUCGAACAAUUCCCGGACGGGUGCUCAUCGAAUUUAUGCAGUGAUUACGGGAAACGAGUUCAGAUUAGCUGGGGCCUUCACUGAAGACAUGCUUUUUUACUGA